AUGGCAUCCAGCUGGGUCGUCGAGACUCCCGACACCUUUGUCGCCAAAAAAGACGAAGUGGCGGCAGAAGCCAAGGACGACCACGAGCUUACCCAGGACGACAGCAAGCUUGCUCGCCCUGGCUUCGGCCUACCCCUCGACUGGCUGCCCGCAAAGGGGCGAUUCCCAAUCCUCAUGUCCCCGCCUAAACCGUCUGUCUACGGCGGCUGGGACAACGGCGACGGCCAAGAGUGGUCUGCCGCCACCCUCCUCAUCCGUGAGGCCUGCAUGCUCAAGCUCGUCGACGACCUCACCGACAAGCCCGAGUGGUGGCGCAAGAUCCGCGACCCAGAAAUCGUCGCCAAGUGGAAGGCCGAGGCUUUGGCCAUGGACUGGCAGGCGUACCGCCAGUACGCAGACUUUACGCCCAACAUGGUGGACGCGUGCUUCGACGAGAUCCGCCGCAAGGCCGAGCUCUAUGAGAAGACCGGUCUCACCCCCGUGUACGACUAUACCGUCGCGGCCAUCAAGUCGGACAAGCUCAUGUCCGAGGACCUACGCCUCGAGCUCAUUGCUGGCGUCAAGGCCCUCGAGGACGUUCCCGACGAGAAGAAGGACUGGCAUCCAGGCAGCGACGGCAAGGUCCUCGACCUCGUCCACCCGUCUCUCUGGCCGCUCGUCUACGGCCGCACCCGCGUCCUCUCUGACCGCCGCGUCCCUCUGAGCGACUCCCUCGCCUACAGCGGCCUCGGCGACGUGAUCCCCGCACCAGACCCUGAGCAUAACAAGAGCCGCAUCCCCUCACGCCGCUGGGGCCGUGGCGACGACGACGUCAGCGCCUACUCAACGCGGUUCCAGUGGCUGCCGUGCGACGUCUCGCUUGAUGGCCAAGGCAAUGCCACCAUCGACAGCUACAUCAACAACCUCCACCCCGUCGAGCACGCCGGCCUGUAUCCCAUCAUCCAGCGCUUCAUCCAGGCGUCCCUCCCUGCAUGGAACCUGCUCUACACGUGGCCCGACCACCUCUCGUUCCAGCGCCUCACAACCACCCGUGCGGGCCCCAUCUGCACAACGCCCGACAUCUGCGGGGAGCACUACGAGUGCAGGCCGUCCGCCCGUCCGCUCGGCCCAGAGGAGGAGCCGCGCGAGGAGGACGAGGAGUAUGAGGACGACUACGAGACCUCACCGCGCGGUGUCCUCGACCAGCAGUGGUUCAGCGAGACACACGCCAUGGAUCUGCCCGACGCGUACGUCCCGCCACCCGACGCCGCCGACAAGGAGGACCCCAAGAACCGCGUCUUUCCCGUCACGUCAGACGACGUCAAGACGUCGGGCUUCUUCCACGACGCGCGCCGCGUGCAGGUCAUCGUGAAGCUCGCCAACAUCCACCUCACGCCCGACAAGCCCACCUACGACGGCGGCUCGUGGCACAUCGAGGGCCAGCUCAACGAGCACAUCUGUGCCACGGCCCUCUUCUACUACGACUCGGAGAACAUCACCACCUCGCGGCUGUCCUUCCGCACGCCCGCCAACUCCGAAGAGCUCUCCACCGAUCUCGACUACGCGCAGUCCGAUUCCCGCUCCAUCCACCGCACCUUCGCCAUGCGCCCGGACUCGGAGAGCACCAUCCAGGACGUUGGCUCCGUGCUCACGACGCAAGGCCGUGCCGUCUUCUUCCCCAACCUCUACAUGCACCGCGUCGAGCCCUUCCGCCUUGCAGACCCCCGGCUGCCGGGCCACCGCAAGAUCCUCGCCCUCUUCCUCGUCGACCCGGCCGUGCCCGUCGUGUCCACUGCAAACGUCCCGCCCCAGCAACGCCACUGGUGGAAGGGCGAGGACCACAUCCGUCGCAGCUCGCGGCUGCCUCCCGAGCUGACCUCUAUGGUCCUCGACAAUGUCGACUACUUCGUUGACGAGGAUGAGGCAAAGAAGCUGCGCGGCGAGCUCAUGGCCGAGCGGACGGCGAUGCAGGAAGCCACCGACGGGGCCCUCAACAACAUCGAGUUCAACUUUUGCGAGCACUGA